ACACACCUGGCUGUGUCAAGCUAGUCUUUCCUUUCUUUCUGCCUCUUCGCCCUGCUGGCAACAGGGUCACCAUGCCAGCACUUGAAUUCAAUGGCCGCUCCCUGAUUUCUCCGCUGGGGAUCGUUCGGUUAUUUGAGAUUUUCUUCUCCUGCACUGCCUUCAGCUUAGCAGCCGUCCAUCGAAACUACGACGGCAGUUAUGGGACAUGGUCAAUGUUUACUUGGUGCUUCUGUUUCAUUGUUUCUGUCUUCGUGGUGAUUGUAGAGCUCAGCAGCCUGAACACGUCCCUGCCUCUUUCCUGGCAGGACUUCACCUCUGCCUUCUCCAUGCUAGCCACGCUGAUGAUCUUCACUACUUCCAUUGUCUAUCCAGCCACCUUCAUACCACGUUGCAACGGCUACGUCUGCGGUUACGAGAUUGCAGCCACUGUCAUGUCUUGCCUCUGCUUCAUUGCCUACGCAGUAGAAGUAGGACUGACCCGGGCCAAAGCAGGAGAGCUCAGCAACUUCCUGACUACCAUCCCUGGACUCCUGAAGGUAUUUGAGGCCUACAUAGCUUGCCUCAUCUUCUCCUUACUGGACGGCCAUUCCAGUUACAAGAUAAAACCUGGUCUGGAAUGGUGUGUGGCUGUCUACUGCAUCUGCUUCAUUGUCACCAUGGUGAUUAUCAUUCUCACCAUUGGACGCUGUCUUGGUUCCCUGCCCAUCCCCGUGGAGAAGUUUCUGGUGGCCUACAACAUCUUGGCUGUACUCCUGUACCUUACAGUGGUAGUCCUGUGGCCUUUCUAUAGCUUUCAUAAGAAUCCAAGACCUUCGUGUAAUAACCAAGUAAGGGAGUGUGCCAUUUGGGACAAUCACCUGGGAGUUACUUUCCUCUCCUUCUUCAACCUGAUUGCCUACAUUGUGGACUUAGUCUAUUCUUACAAAAUGGUUUUUGUGAUGGCAGCAUAGGUUGCUCAUGCACCCAUCCCACCCAUACACACAUGUUCAUGUAGAACCACAUAUGCUGCUGAACAUGCUCAAGAACCAUGACUCUGGGAGUACCAGAGGGUAUAGAUAUCAGUGGUGGUGGUGGUGGUACUUUUAAGUUUAUACAUUUGCAAUUUACAUUUUGGACAGUUAUAUUUUAUACUUGGGGUUAUGUUGGAUGGACAGAUCCCAUUUCCUAAAGGAGCUGAGCCUACCUUCAUUUACCACAAGAUUUCUGUGAAUUACACACUGAUUAGAUGUGAGCCCUUCAGAUUUGGCUAGAAGUUUGAGCCAAGGACUAAAAAUUAUUUUGGAGAAACCAGUGUGCCAUGGUCAUUCCAACUUCUGUUUUAAAAGCAGCAGCAGUGAGAAAAGAGAACACAGUGAGCAAAGGAGGGAAAUAUCACAAGUGGAGAAGAAGCUGAGACCUCCACAGAAGAAGACAACUUUAACCAUUGCACUGAGUUGAGGACACACAUUUUUCCCUCGUGUGUGCUCUACAGGAAUGUUUUCUUCAUCUCUUGACAGAAUAUCCUAAUGAAGUCAGAUGAAGUCUGAGAUACCGCUCCAAAAUACAGAAGAGGGUGUUGUAUUGCCCUACCAAGCAGUCAGCUAAAACAUGGCUUAUUGGAUUAUGGAUUGUUGAAUAAACCACAGUUGGCAUAAUAAAAAGGAAAUGUCUCCCUCAAGUUGAA